AUGGGCAUGGCUUGGCGGCCCGGGGAGGAACUGGCUCCCCGGGGAAGGACCGGUUACUCGGACGCUGAGCUGAUGAAGGCGGAAGAGGAGCUGCUCCCAGCCCUGUCAGAGCCGCGGCGCCAUGGACGCCCACCCGGAGUUUCAGCGCUGCCGCGGGACCCCCAUCAUCCCACUACCCUCCGCCCUCUUCCGCCGCCGCCGCCUCCGCCUCCUCCUCCUCCGCGGAGACCCCCGCCCACUCCACACACUCUCCCAUCAUGCAGCGGGGAACCGCUGCUGUCGAUACGUCACUUCCGGGCGCAGGUGGCUAGGCGCCGUCUCGUGGAACGCCGUUCGCCAUUUUGGGUGCGGGCAAACUGUCUUUUUUCCGUAUUCGUGAAGUGUGGGCUGGGGACGUUCUCCCUCCCCGCCCGACCCUCUGAGGCAGCGCCUCCGGGCCACGGAUCCGAGCUCCUCUCAGCCCUUUACUUUACCGUUGAGCCCGGGAGCGGGUUAAGCUUCGCCUUGGAAUAAAACUGCAGACGUAUGGAAAUACGGAACCAGAUCUCCUGAAAAACCGGCUGGACCACAUUCAGCCGCUCGUCCUUUUUGCCCGGAAUAAAAAAAAAAAAAAACUUUCAUUCCCUUCCUCUUUUUAUGUAAGCCAACAAAAGAGGAAGCUGUUAUUUAACAACGAGAAGUGAUUGUCCUACUUAAGACGAGAAGUCAGCAGGCAAACUAACAAAUGGUCUUCGCCAAAAUCAGUCCAGAAUUGUGUUGGUGUUUGGAGAUCAUUUUCAUACAUCUUUCAAAUCAACGUGUGCAUUUGAGCGAUUCUAUACAAUAGAGGUCAUACAUAAGAGAUUUUGUUUCCAUCGGUCCCUGAGCAGUUGGUCUUUUUUUAUAACCUUCCCCUGUCCUUUAUUAUGACUCUGUUAGAGAACCCAUUCCACUGUAAAACUCAGACUACAAGGCUGCAGGAUUAUUAUUCCUGUCUCAGAUGGUGAACCCUGGACUCUACCCUACAAACCUUGAGCCCAGCCGGAUCCUCUUUCUGCCCACGCUGAAUUAUUUAAAUAGUUCCAAACCCGCAAGCUCAGCAGUAACCAAAAGAAACAAGGACUGAAAACACCCGUCAUCACAGAGAACUGUCCACCCCUUUGACUGUAGGAAUUAUCCACGUCGGGAAAGAUAAGGACAAUAGCAAUUCAUCAUGGUUUAUCCCGCCUCUGCAAUGUUCUAGACAAAUUAACUUGAAGAACUAAAAUAGACCCUCAUUUGUCUCCACACAAUUUAGUCAUUGCAAGAUAACCAGGCUGCAUUACUGCUUUGUGGUUAUGCUGACUGUUUUUCUUAUUGCCCAGUCACUGAAGUGAGAAAAAUCUAUAUGGAUUGUCAAAUUUAUUCCUUUUGUAUUUCGCCCCCUGCUGGUGUAGCUCAUGUGCAAAUAAAAAAAAAAAACAGUAUGUCACUGUAAAACACGUUUUUGUCUGAGAAUGAAAGUAAAAAAAAAAAACUGCGUGUAAAACUGAAAAUGAAU